AUGAAGGCCGUCUUCGCGGUUCUGAUGGGAGUGGCUACUCUGGCCAUCGCUCAGACAGCUACUACCUCUGAGCCCGCUUUGGCGGAGAUUCAUGCGGCUGCCGCAACUACCAAGCCGGAGGUUACUGUCUCCAAUGUCAAGGGCUUGGCUUUUGAUCGUUUUUAUCAGAUCUGGCUGGAGAACAUUGACUAUGAUGAUUCCGCCGCGGAUACCAACAUGCAGUGGCUUGCUUCUCAGGGUAUUCUACUGACCAACUUCUAUGCUGUUACCCAUCCUUCCGAGCCCAACUACUGCGCUGCCGCUGGCGGUGACACGUUUGGAAUGGAUAACGACGACUUUAAGCAUAUGCCUGAAAACGUUUCCUCCAUUGCUGAUGUUCUUGACACCAAGCACAUCUCGUGGGCUGAAUACCAGGAGCACAUCCCCUAUGCCGGUUUCCAGGGUUACAACUAUUCCAACCAGGAAACUUAUCACCCUGAUUACGUUCGGAAGCACAACCCGAUGGUGCUUUAUGACUCCGUUGUGGCUAACGACACUCGUGCACGUUCCAUCAAGAGCUUCGAAGACUUCGAAAACGAUAUCCGUGACAAGAAGCUUCCUCAGUGGGCGUUUAUUACCCCCAACAUGACCAACGAUGCGCAUGACACCAACAUCACUUUCGCUGCCAAGUGGGAGCGUCCUUUCGUGGCUAAGUUGCUCGAGAAUGAGUACUUCUAUAACAACACUCUUCUCCUUCUGACCUUCGAUGAAGACAAGACCUACACUGGCGACAACCGUAUCUUCAGCGUUCUCGUUGGUGGUGCCGUUCCUGAACACCUCAAGGGUACUAAGGAUGAUACCUUCUACACUCACUACUCUAGUAUUGCCAGUGUCUCUGCCAACUGGGGUCUUCCUUCCCUUGGUCGCUGGGAUUGCGGUGCCAACAUCUUUGAGAUCGUCGCCAACAAGACCGGUUAUGUCAACUACGAGGUCGACAAGACCCACCUCACACUUAACCAGACCUACCCUGGUCCCAUGUCAGAUGGGGACACCUCCACUGGCAAUACCUCCAAGUUUGUUGCCAACUGGCCGGUUCCCAUCACCGACAGCAAUGAAAAGUGCUCCGCUGGUCAUGGUAUCCUGGAUACCGUCAAGAAGACCUAUGGACAUCUUAGCCCGUCGUACGACACCAAGCCGUACCCCUGGGAUGCCAAGACUCACUACAAUGACAAGGUCACCUUCAAGCGGUCAAAUGAGACCACGACCGAGAAGAACUCUACAGUGGACUCUGAUCACAAGAACGCUGGUGUUUCUUUCAAGGCUCCCUUCUCUACUGUCGUGUUUGGAGUUCUGCUAGCCAUCGCUGCCUACACUUUCUGA